AUGGUGUCCGGUAUGGGCGGGUAUGCGGAUGAUACGGCGAUGUCUUCUAAUAAUGUCUCUCAUCGCCGAACCCAUAAUCUACUACUCAUCUCAAAGCUGCUGAACCUCCGAGAAGGCGCGGCACCAUUGACACUAGUUCAAGACUCGCUAGAGCAGCCCGCCGCUCCGCUGCUGAAGGAGUACAUUCGACGGACUAGACUGUCCAAGGGACAUGUGACGUUUAUCUCCUUUGAUACCUUGACCCGUCCGGCUGGUGUAGAUUCGUUCAUAACUACCAAGGGAAAGGCGUAUGAAGAGAUCGCGAAGGAGGUGGUUGCAUCGUAUCCCUCAUGUCAGCCCGCAUGGAACCAGAAUAUUGCCCCAAAAAGAUGUCUCGUCAUCAUCGACUCGAUGCACCCUCUGCUUUCCCCCAGAGGCGGCGUAGACCCGGUCUAUCUGCCUGAAUAUCUCAGCUCGGUGCUGGGACCUCCAUCUCCGCAUAUGCAGGCCUCGCUUGUCCUGGUGUAUCAUCGCCAUAUAUCUCCUUCGCUCAGCUCGAACCCUUAUGCGCCAUCCCCGCUAUCACUGUUGACAUACCUUGCCACGACGAUAAUUACAACCCAUUCGAUCUCCCAGAUGCUUGCUCGGAGGGCAGCUCUGGACAGGAGCCUUGCGCCGCCAGUUUUUGGACUAGAGGAAGAAGUCGAUGGGGUUUUAAUUGGGAGAGUAAACCAACACGCCAAGGGAGAACGUCAUGAUGGUAUCGUGAUGGAGAUGGAGCAUAGACGGAAGAGCGGGCGAGGCAUAGUCGAAUGGUAUCUUCUACCUCACGCAUCUAAAUAUCACGCCAAGCAAGCUACGGAAGUGGUGAUUCUGCUGGACGACCACCCACUGUACAAGCGGAAAGAUGUUGAAGUGAAAGGGGAUUCCUGGGAACCUGAAUCGACCUUUGAGCUUGGGUUGACAGAGAGACAACGGCGAGAUAGGGAUAACGUGGUGCUGCCUUAUUUCGACGCGCAGAAAGGUGAUGGCCCCGGAGAAGGCGGGCGGAUCCUCUAUGAUAUGGGCGAAGAAGACGAUUUUGACGAGGAAGAGGACGAAAUUUGA